AUGGCGGCCGAGUGGGUCAACCCGUCGACCCGCGACGUCUUUGCCACGCCGACGACGAGCGAUGGCCGCGCAGUCUUUAAGCCUGCGUAUACGCUCGAGGUUGACGUCGCCUUGGACGUCAACGCUGCCUUUGACCUCUGGAUCAAUGGCAUCUGGGUGCAGGGCGGGCUCUCGCUGCUCAAGCCGCCCGUGUCGCUCGAGACGCCAGGCGUCGGCCGCGGCCGCAUUGGCUGCACACGCCGCGUCCUUGGUGGCGCGGUUCGCGAGCACAUUCUCGACGCCGGCGUCCCAUCGUCGACCAAGCAAGUCGCGUCCGUGCUCUACACUGUCGUGACGAUGCCGUUGCCGUUCCACGAGUACAAGGCGCUCGUCGAGUUUGAGCCGCGUACUGUCAUUGACGGAUCGCCCUGCACACGCGUGCGCUGGCGCGGCUGCGUCGCGCCCAAGGCGUGGGACCUCUACGGCAUCGCGUGCUGGUUCGUCUGCGUCUUCUUCCGCCUCGCCGUGUCGCCCAUGCUCUCGAGCUACGCGGCCCACGCCGCCAAGACCAAGUAA